CCACCCUUUACUGGCCCUCGUGCUCGUAAUUUGUCUAGGAUAUUUUGGCCCUCAGGAGGACCCGUAGCCACACAGUCUCCGCAGGCGUCCGUAGCCGGGAAACCCGGCGUCUAGAGCAUCCGCCUGAGAUCCGCGAUGUCGGGUGAGGAAGCCCGGCACAGGGCAGAGUCCUCCGAGGCCCGUGCGGCCGCGGUCAGCGACAUUCAGGAACUGAUGCGACGCAAGGAAGAGAUCGAGGCGCAGAUUAAGGCUAAUUAUGACGUCCUGGAGAGCCAAAAAGGAAUUGGCAUGAACGAGCCGCUGGUGGACUGUGAGGGCUAUCCCCGGGCAGAUGUGGACUUGUACCAGGUCCGAACGGCAAGGCACAACAUCAUCUGUCUCCAGAACGAUCACAAGGCAGUGAUGAAGCAGGUGGAGGAGGCCCUGCACCAGCUACAUGCGCGGGACAAGGAGAAGCAGGCCCGGGACAUGGCUGAAGCCCAAGAAGAGGCCGUGAGCCGCAGACUGGGCUCCAGCAGCCCCGUCCUACCUCAGGCCUUCGCCAAAGUGAACAGCAUCAGCCCUGGCUCCCCAGCCAGUAUUGCGGGCCUGCAAGUGGACGAUGAAAUUGUGGAGUUUGGCUCUGUGAACACUCAGAACUUCCAGUCUCUGCAGAAUGUCGGCAGCGUGGUCCAGCAUAGUGAGGGGAAGCCGCUGAAUGUGACAGUGAUCCGCAGAGGGGAGAAACACCAGCUCAGGCUGACUCCAACACGCUGGGCAGGAAAAGGACUGCUGGGCUGCAACAUUCUUCCUGUUCAGAGAUGACUGUGCCCAGGACCUGCAGGAAGGCUCCUCAGGCGGGCCCUGCCCGUGGGCCUGGGAGGGAUUUCCUCGUUCUCUUUGCUCCCUGACGUGUAAGGACCUGAAGAGAGUGGGUGAAACCUGAUCAACAAAGUGGAAGAGAUGUGUGCUGCUGGUGUAAUCUCUCUGCAUUGAGGCAUUAUUAAAAAUGUGAUUUGUGCCUAGCUAUGUCUUGUGCAAAUUAGGCCAUGGCCCUGUCCGGGAAUUCUCUAAAUUAUGAGCCAGUGAGUGGGAAUGGCUGGCAGGCAAUGAUGUGAUGACGUUAUUUUCUGUUUUUGAGCCAGGGUCUCAGUGUACCUCUGGCUAUCCUGGAACUCACUGUGUAGAGCAGUCUGGCCUUGAGCUGACAGAGAGCCUCCUGCCUCUGCCUCAGGAGCGAUGAGAUUAGGGGCAUUCACUACCAUGCCUGGCUAGACUUUAGGGAAUAUUCG